AAAAAACGUCAAAAUUGUCAAAACAAAAAGAUGUCGUCUACGUAGCGACCGUGUUUUUGUAUUAAAAUUAUAAUGAAAAUCAAUUAAAAUGACCGAGUUAUGGAGCGCAAAUGGUUUGUGCCGCUGCUGCCACGCAGAAGGCACCUUCAAGAGCCUAAGCGGAUCAUAUUCUGUAAAUGGAGUGGACGAAAUAUUGUCGACAAUGCUUCGCGAGACUUUCGAAGUGAAUAUAGCGCCUUUGCCAGGAGAGAUAGGAGCGAACACGUACAACAUCUGUCCGCUAUGCGAGCCGCGGCUGACAGACGCAGUGCUCUUCAAGAAGCAAGUCGUAGCGUGCGAAGAGAAGUUCAUGAGGUAUUACGCUGGGUGCGGUGUUAAUGAUGGAGAAUCUUUUAUGAAAGGUGUAAAAUUAGAAGUAGGCAGUAUUUCAGAAGGUCCAAAAGAAGAAACUCUAUUUCCUGACGAAAAAGACAUUAAAUACAAUGAUGAAGACAAAGUACCCUCAAUGGAGAUCUUCAUCGAGACGGAUUUGGAAGACCAGCCGCUGUCUACCCUCGCAAACAAACGGAGGGCCAGUGAGGAUUCCUACAGGGAUUGGGAGCCGGGACAGAGUGAUACGGAGGAACCACAAGAACAGAGCAAACAACGAAAGGCGAAGUCGAAAAAGUUCGCUUGCGACAUCUGCCAAAAGAAAUUCACUUACAACGGUUCUUUAGAAGUACACAUGAAGAUUCACACUGGAGAAAAAACUCAUUUGUGCCAAUUGUGCAACACAAAGUUUGUCAACAGCAAAGACUUGACCAAACACAUAGAAAGCACACACUCGGACAACGGCAAAUAUGUCUGUACAAUUUGCAAUAAGACGUUUGACAAAACAAGGCUGUUAAAAAAACAUCUAAAAUCUCACUUCGAUGACAAAUUCAAAUGUAGUUAUUGCUCAAAAGAGUUCCAAAGGAAGAAAGGAUUAAAAGAACACUUAAAAACGCAUACCGGUGAGAGGAAAUACAGCUGUGAAGUUUGUAACAAGUCGUUCGGGCAUAACCAAACGUUGAAAUCUCAUAUGCUCACCCACACCGGUGAACGGCCUUAUGUUUGUGAUGUGUGUGGAAGACGGUUCCCCCAAAGGACACACUUGAAAAGACACAUAAUAAUAAUACACACUGGAAUGAAACCGUAUUCCUGUAAAAUCUGUAACAAGCAGUUCUCGAGCAAAAGUUAUUUGGCAAUCCAUGAACGGACCCAUACGGGUGAACGACCGUUCUCAUGUGAAGUUUGUAAGAAGGAUUUCACAGCAUACACAACGUUGAAAGUGCAUAUGAGAGUGCAUACUGGUAUUAAACCGUAUACUUGCAGUUUCUGCAGCAGGCAGUUCGCUCAAAUGGCCAGUUUUAAAUUGCAUGAAAGGACUCAUACCGGUGAAAAGCCGUUUUCAUGUAAAGUUUGUAAGAAACCGUUCUCUGAUAAUGGAUACUUGAAGAUUCAUAUGAGAGUGCAUACUGGAGAGAAGCCCUAUCCAUGCGAGAUUUGUAAAAGAUGUUUCCGCGAAACCGGCCAGCUAAAACGUCACAUGCGAGUCCACACGGGCAUCAAACCUUACACCUGCAAGAUAUGCAACAAGCAAAUAGGAAAUCUAUCCAAACACAUGCGUGUGCACUCUGACGAACGGCCUUAUAAUUGUACUGUGUGUAAUAAACAGUUUUCUAUAAGUGGGAAUUUGAAAUUGCAUAUGAGGAUACAUACGGGGGAGAAACCGUUUUCGUGUGAAAUGUGCUGUAGCCAGUUCGCUCAGAGCAGUGCGUUGAAAAGGCAUAGGUGCAAUAGGCCUAGUGAUGGCUGAUUAGGGCGAGGGGGUGGCUGAUUUAGUCGAGGGGAUGGCUGAAUACCAGCGGAAGUAUGGCUGAUUAAAAGCUAGAGGAUGGCUGAUUAGGGCGACAUGAUGGCUGAUUUAGGGCGAGGGGAUGGCGGAUUUUGGGCGAGACGAUGGCUGAUUGAAAGCAAGAGAAUGGCUGAUUAGAGCGAAAGAAUGGCUGAUUAGGCCGAGAGAAUGGCUGAUUGAAAGCGAGAGGAUGACCGAUUUGGAACGAAAAAUGGCCAAUUAAGGCAACAGGAUGGCUGAUUGGGAGCGAAAGAGUGGCAGAAUAUCAGCGUAAGGAUGGCUGAUUGGGGAAAAAAGACAUCUGACUGACGAAAGUGGGUGAUAAAAAUCAAAAAAUGUAAAGGACUGCUUUUAAGUAAAAGGAUGGCUCGUUUACUUAAUAUUAAUAUGAGCUUUGCAAUUUUUUGGUACUUAUUUGAAAUCAGCUACUUAUACAAAUGUGCAUUUAUUUAUUUUUCAGUAUUAUUUAUUAAUUUAUUACAUCACAAAAGUAUUAUUUU